UUGAGCGCUGGAAGGGGCUGGGCUCUAUUGGGGGCCACUGAGCGACGCUCCGGGACUGGGGCUCGGUGCGGGAACCUAAGGGGGCGUCUGCUCGGCAGAGGGUAGAGACUCUGGGUCCGAGGCGGAGGGGUGGGGGCUAGGGCCCGCAGCCCCCCACCCCACCCCGUCACCCCGGAGCGAGAGGAGAUCUGCUUUCUUGGUUUUGCUUCUUUUCCCCCACCCCCACCCGGGGGCUGGGGCGAGGGGAGUCAGGUUACAGGGUGCUUGGGGAGGGGGGCUUAGGGGUGGGUCUAUCUUUCUAUCUCGCUUUCUUCCCCCCUCCCCAGCUCUUUGUUCCCCCUCCCCACACACCCCCUCCUCUCCCCUCCCCUCCUCUCCUCUCUUCUCCCUUCCACCACCUCUCUCUCUCUCCCUCUCUCUCUCGCCCAGCUUUUGUUUCGCCAUGCCUAGUCUAGUGGUAUCUGGAAUAAUGGAAAGAAAUGGGGGCUUUGGAGAACUAGGCUGUUUCGGGGGAAGCGCUAAGGACCGAGGGCUGCUGGAAGACGAGCGCGCCCUUCAGCUGGCUCUCGAUCAACUCUGCCUCCUGGGUUUGGGGGAGCCCCCCGCCCCCACGGCGGGCGAGGACGGGGGAGGUGGGGGGGGCGGCGCCCCCGCGCAGCCGGCCGCCCCCCCGCAGCCGGCCCCGCCGCCGCCGCCCGCGGCGGCCCCGGCCGCCCCGAGCGCGGCCCCCGCGGCACAGACGCCCCAGCCCCCCACCGCCCCCAAAGGGGCGAACGACGCCAAGCUCUGCGCGCUCUACAAAGAGGCCGAGCUGCGCCUGAAGGGCAGCAGCAACACCACCGAGUGCGUCCCCGUGCCCACCUCCGAGCACGUGGCCGAGAUCGUGGGCAGGCAAGGCUGCAAGAUUAAGGCUCUGAGGGCCAAGACCAACACCUACAUCAAGACACCUGUGCGAGGUGAGGAGCCUGUGUUCAUGGUGACCGGGAGGCGGGAAGAUGUGGCCACAGCCCGGCGGGAAAUCAUCUCAGCAGCCGAACACUUCUCCAUGAUAAGAGCCUCACGCAACAAGUCUGGUGCCGCCUUUGGCGUAGCCCCUGCUCUGCCGGGGCAGGUGACCAUCCGUGUGCGAGUGCCCUACCGCGUGGUGGGACUGGUGGUGGGCCCCAAGGGUGCGACCAUCAAACGUAUCCAGCAGCAGACCAACACAUACAUCAUCACCCCCAGCCGGGACCGUGACCCGGUAUUUGAGAUCACCGGUGCCCCCGGCAACGUGGAACGUGCACGGGAGGAGAUCGAGACGCACAUCGCGGUGCGCACCGGCAAGAUCCUCGAGUACAACAGUGACGGCGACUUCCUGGCUGGCAGCCCCGAUGCUGCCCUGGACAGUCGCUACUCAGACGCCUGGCGGGUGCAUGCACCCGGCUGCAAGCCUCUCUCCACCUUCCGGCAGAACAGCCUGGGCUGCAUCGGCGAGUGCGGCGUGGACUCGGCCUUCGAGGCCCCGCGCCUAGGCGAGCAGGGCGGGGACUUUGGCUACGGAGGGUAUCUGUUUCCGGGCUACGGCGUGGGCAAGCAGGACGUGUACUACGGCGUGGCAGAGACGAGCCCCCCUCUGUGGGCGGGCCAGGAGAACGCCACGCCCACCUCGGUGCUCUUCUCCGCCUCCUCCUCCUCCACUUCUUCAGCCAAGGCACGCGCAGGCCCGCCGGGCGCUCACCGCUCUCCUGCCACCUCUGCGGGCCCGGAGCAGCUGGCCGGGCUCCCUCGGCGGCCGCCGGGAGAGCCACUGCAAGGCUUCUCUAAACUGGGGGCAGGCGGGCUGCGGAGCCCCGGCGGCGGGCGGGACUGCAUGGUGUGCUUUGAGAGCGAAGUGACAGCAGCCCUGGUGCCCUGUGGACACAACCUUUUCUGCAUGGAGUGUGCAGUACGAAUCUGUGAGAGGACGGACCCAGAGUGUCCCGUCUGCCACAUCACCGCCACGCAAGCCAUCCGAAUAUUUUCCUAAGCUCCCCGUCCCUGGGCUCCUAGGCCCGCUUCCCCUCCCCCCACCACCACCACACCAGGGUGCUACUCUGGACCUGUAGGGCCUUUUGGAAAAAUCAGUGACUACAGGGCAAGGUGCUUGGAAAUAUUCCCUCGCUGGGGUGGGGAAUCUGAGGCGGGAGUGGCUGGGGGCGGGGCCACUUUCAGAGCCUCUGGUUACCCUUUAGGAGGGGGCCAGACCAUAAGUUUUACUAGAGUUACAACUCUGAUACCUCAACACACCCUUAAAUCUGGAAGCAGCUAAGAGAAGCUUUUGUUUAGCCUGAAGUGGCCACCAGGACGUUCUGACCUUUCCCUUCUCCCCAUCUGUGUGUCAUUCCACCCCUUCCUGUGGAGGGUGAGGGAACAGGAGAGGAGGAACUGCCCUGUGUAACUAACUAGAGGUGCUCUUAGUGAUCCCCAGCCUCUGGUCCUGACCUCCCACCUCCUGACGUGACCCUUUUCCCCUUCCUCACUCUUAUCCUGGGUUCCCAGCAGGAUAUGUGGGAGACGAUCUGGGUAGGUCUGGGGUGGAGGAGGAUGUCAAUCAGUAAAGGGCUCACAACUCACCUGUCUCACAAAGCUGGGCUAGAGAGAUCCGGAAGCAGGGGCUUCUCUUUUCCCUCAGCUUUUUGCUUGGCUUUUUCCCCAACUUCCUCUGGAUUUGCCCUUCGCUUUUUUCCUAUUUCUUUGCUCCUCCCCCAUCCCUAGGCUGUCACUUUCAGUCCCCUCUUCCUCUGCCUUUCUUCCCUUUUCCCUCCUUCCUGCCCCUUUUAGCCCAGUUUGGGGACACCAUCCUCCUGGAGAGAAGCCUGGAGAACAUUUUGGUAGCCCCACAGUUCCUCUUUGUAGUCCUAUCCUCCCCCACCACCCCAUGCCUCCAAAGAAUCAGUUCCAGUUCUUAAUGGAAUGUAGCCCUAGACUCAGUGACAAUUUGAGAGGGGAAACUAAUAGUGGGGCACCUAAAGGGUUAAAACCCCACCUCUAUCAUCUGUGGGCAUUAUACUUAAGGAGCAGUUCUUAUCCUGGGUCUUCUGCCCAAAGGGAAAGCAGGAAGUAGGAAAAGUCCUGGGGCAGGAGAGCUGUGGCUUGAAGGGCUCCCCUCCCCCCACCUGCAGUGGCCUACCCCUGACCUCUCUGCACCUAGCUGAACCAUUACUGAAUCCUUAUUAGCCACAAAUCAUGAAGUCUCUGUCUUACCCACUGGCUGAGGAGAAAAGCCAGAUCUUUGGUGAGGGGCCAGGCCAGGGCAAAGCAGGACUGGGGUGCAGUGAAGCCUGUUACAAGAAUCAGGUAUUGUGAUAGGUCUGGCACCCCUUUGCUGCUCCUAUUGCUCCUUUGUGUCUGUCAGCAGCCUCCUACCCUCCUGGUUCCGCUGGCCGGGCCAGGAGGGGAUGGGUGAUGGGGAGGCCCAGGAGAUGCUUGUAUAUAGUCAGGUGGGACUGCUCUGAGCUCCUCCAGCUCAGCAGUCCCAUUCUUCCUGGAAGGAGAAAGGACAUGGGAUGAGGGCAUAGAGGGAGGCCUCCUCUCUCCUUUGCCUGUUGUGAAUUAACUUGCCUCUCCUCAGCCUUCCCCUCCAGACCACCAGCUUGGGAGGGGAGAGGAAGGAGGUCACAGCCCAGAAAAUUGGCCUGUGGCAGCUUCCCUCCUUUCCACCAAUGUGAGCCAUCUUGAGAUGUCUGUACAAUAGAAACCAAACCAAAUGGGCACCUGGGUUGCCCAGGGGCAGGGGCUGGGAGGGGGGUGGGAAGAAGGGAAGUCUGUCUGUCCAUCCCCUCCCCCUCUCCACUCCGUAACCACAAAGGCAAAAGACUGUUACACUAGGGGCUCCACAGAUCCAAUCCCGCCCUUGCUGAGCGAGCCUUUCCUAGAAACAAGCGCAAAACGCAAAGUGAGUGAGCAUCAAAACAGAAAGCAAUGAGGGAGUGAGAUGGGCGACCAACAGGAGAGGAAACAAAAAUAGCAAAAAAAAAAAAGCAAAAAAGCAGUUCUUUAUAAUUUAAUAUUCUAUUUUAAUAAAGGCAUUUAUUACCGUAUAAAUGUAGCAAAGAACCUGGGCUAAUAUGAAAAAAGACUUUUUAUUAGGUAAUUUAUUAUAUGAAAAGGAUAUUUUAUUUUAUGAUAAAGUGAUCCUUAAAAAAAACUUUAGAAGGUUUAGAAUAUAUGUAGGGAGAGAAGAAAAAUACAUUUGUAUUCAGAGUUAAAUCUUAAAAAAGUUUUUAAUAUAUGUUCGGGUUUAUGUUCUUUUUUCCUCCCCACUUUUUUUGGGGGAGGAAUGUCAUUUGCUUUUCUUGGGGGAGCAUCCUGGGAUGGACGGUGGAGAGAUGGAGUUGGUCCCUUCUGGGGCCCUCACCAGGAGAUUGGAUUUCACUCCGUGGGCUCCCCUCCUCCUCCCCCUCAGGGGAGCCGGCAGAGCCAAACAAAGGAAGGGAUUAACCAGAAAGGAAGAAGCUUUGAGACUAAGAACUGAGGGUCCUGGGGUGUCCCCUCCAUCCCCUACCCUGUGCCAGGGGCAGUAAGGAGGGGAAAACCAGAACUGAGGCCUAGCAGGCCUAUGGAAACCCUCAGAGGUGUGAGACUUAAGAGUAAUAGAUUUUUUUUUUAACCAAAAGGAAAAAAAAAUGAGAAGAGAAAGAAAAACUGAGGGGUUUAAAAGAAGAGAAUACUACAAAAUAAUUCAAAUUUAUUUCAUAUAAUCCUAGAGAAAGAAAAAGAAUUACUAGUUACUUAGUAGACGAUACUCAGAUAGCUUAAAGUUUAGUAGCGUUGUGGGCCCCUGAGCCCAGUAGAAUGUAUAAAAGUAUGGGAAAAAAGAAAAGAAUAGAGGCCAGCAGCUGAGCGGCCCUACCCCUGGGGAUAGGGCAGGAGCAGGCUGCUAGCUAAGAUUGGGAGCUUCCAGUCUGCUGGGGUUGAUUCUGAGAAUCCUUAGGUUUUUAAGUGUGGGACAAGUACAUGAGAGGCUCUGUCCCGGGGUCUUUGCCAGGGUGUACGCUGGUCAUCUGAAGUGAGGUGAGGCUGGGCUGAGAGCCUGGCCAUCUGUUGGGAAGCCCUUUUUCCUAAUCUCCAGCCCUCCCACGGCAGCUUCUCCCAGGCCACCCUGAGGAAGUUCCUGACGUCACCUUAGCCCACCUUGCUGCAGGUUGGUUCCAGAGCCAGGUGUAGUUAGUCCACAAAUAAGCCUGGAAAUGCUUGUCACCUCAGACUUCCCAGCACCCACGUGGCCGUGGGAGUGGCGCUAGCGCAAUCUCUAGCGCUGUUUCCCUUCGUGUCUGUAGAGGGGUUUUUGUUUGUUUGUUUUAUCUUUUGACACAGGGUCUCUAGCUUAGUCUGGCCUUAAACUAACAGCCAUCUUCUUGCUGCCUCCAAUUGUUGGGACUACAAGCCAUGCACCACCACUCCUGGCUUAAAGUUAAACAUCCCAAGAAAGACUUCCUACUCAGGAAGUAGAGUGCAGGUAUUGUCCUUACGGGCCUGGGAGAGUCUCCCCUCCCCCUUAAAAGUACAGAGAUAAAAGUGUGCAGGGAACUGGGGUGGCUCCAGGGCAACCCUUGUGUCCCAGCUCCCCUCUGUGUUCAGAUAGGGAUCACCCACAGGGCCACAUCACAUCACCUUCCCCACAGAAAACUGGGAGCCUGGCUUUUGCAUGUGAGAAAUAGGCAUUUUUUAAGCACUUGCUUUCCAUCAGCCCCAGCUGGCAAGCAUCAGAAUGGGGAGAGGCCACUUGGCUUUAGUUUGAGCAAGCAGUAUAGCAGUGAUUGACAUGCCACUUUAUGACCCUAGGGCCCAAACACAAUCUCCCUCUCCCCAGUUUACUCUUCUCACCCCAUCUAGAGACUAGAAGUUUCCCUGCCCUUUUCGCCCUAAGGACCCUCAGAUAGUUUGAGAUGGUAACAUCUGGGAAUGGGGAGAAAUUCCCCUUUGUACCUGAGGGUGAGUGCUUGAGGGGUCAGGUGGCUGGUGGAGACAGCCGUGGGGCAGAGAAGGUCUCUCCGCUGUAGAAAGUAGAGUAGGAUUGUGGUCAGACUUAAUUUGAGGCAUCUAGUGACGGUACAAAUCACCAAGGAAGAUUUCAAAUGCAAAAUAGAGGUGGGAAAGAAAAUAGACCCAUGAAUAAUCAAGUCAAAAUGAUGUUGCACACAAUGCAAAGAAACCAAGAAGGGGGAGGGUUAAUGUAUUAAAUGUGCUAUUGAGAAGUUAAUUUUAUUAAAAGUAUUAUUACUUAA